AUGGGAGCUUCAGACGACAGUCCCCUGGGUACUUCGGUCUGCUGGGCCGUGUCACCACUUCCGGUACCUCACAAAGACCUUCCAUCCAGACUUUGGCACGUUCAACAUAGACACUCGCAAUCCGUUGUGAACCACAACGGCGGUUUUACAGCUGCAAGCGGAUACCAAAGUAUAAGAGACGAACAUGAUCUCAAGCUGCAGGCAAUCAGACAUUUCAACUGGGAUACACAUCUUUACGACGAAACUCUGGGUUGGCAAUCGUGUUUCAUCUCGGCGUUCGGAGACAGCCGCCACGCCAAGAAAUGGGGGAAGCGGCGUGUCGGGCAAGUUACAAUAUACGAGAUCGACGUGGCCAAGCUACCCUCUUCAACUGUCAUCUUCGACGCCGUCAAGCUUUGCGGUGAUCUUGCAAUAGCUCAUCCGUGGGCCAAGAAUGAGUUUAUAUUCUUACAUGAGAUUCCGGGGGAGUGUGUCGGCCAUGGCUUUGAUCUCAUCGGUGGUCAAUACUACUGGCAACCGAAGUGGCCUAUUACAUAUAGUCCUAGUCCAUAUAUGCCGUUUGGAUUUCCCGUGCUGGGAACAGGUUCAUAUACGCCAUUUGGAUCACCAAUGCUGGGAACUGUGCCCAUGGGAUACCCAACACCCCAAUUCCAUCACCUUAUAGGUCCAUAUAUGCCACUUGGGUUUCCUACUCUGGGAACUUGGCCACUCACAUACCCAGCAUCCCAGUACUGUCAUGGAAGCGGAGGCCUGUACAGCCAGUCCGCUCCAUACCGGCCCGUGGAAUCAGCGAACACCAAAGACGCUAUAGACAGUUUGAUCGAGGGCUUUACUGACGCUUUACGCAUCAACAAUUCCACUCAUACUUUGAGGAGCAAUACAUUCAACAUCCGGCGGGAAGGGUGA